AUGGCCGCCGGCGGCGACUGGGAGAUCGAAAACGACGACGGCUUCGUCUACAAGCGGCCCCGCGUCCUCUACCCGGCCGGCCGCGAAGACGCCGGCGCGGCGGCCCCCUCCGCACUGGGCCCGCCCCCCGAGUCCGUCCGCCUACAGCGCCGCCGCCGCGCGCUCCUCAACCUCCGCGCCAAGUACCAGGCCGAGCUCUCUCGGUGGGAGUCCCUCGCCUCCGACGUCCUCGCCCCGCUCCCGGCUCCCUCCGCAGCUCCUUCCGGAGCUCCCUCCGCUUCGCCUCUUCCCCCCACCGUCUCCUCGGACCACGCCGUCCUCGACGACUACAUCGCCGAGGUGGAGGUGCAGGGGAAAAUGCUCGAGAAGGCAUCCCGGAUGUGUGAUGAGAUUUCCAAGUUCUGCGAUGAGUACGAGACAGCCCUUGUGGAUGCCGUCACCGCGCUGCCGAUAUGGGGCAACCCACGGGAGCUCGCGAACUCCUUGUGCGGUUCCGACGAGCAGGCCGCCGUGCAGCCUGUACGGGACAGUCCACGGGAGCUGAUGAACUUGCUCUGCAGUCCAACCGAGCAGGCUGUCCCUGGUACUACUACUACUUAGGCACUUUGACAACUCCAUUGGCACCCUCUGUAUUUAACUAGAUAGUUUGCGUUGUUGUGCUUGGUGAGUUGCAGUUGGAUUGGAGGCAUAAAUUAGGCCCAAUAGCUUCUAUGUGCUUGUAGGAUUGGUAGAGGUUUACUCCUGAUGUACCUGAGGGUUAGGGCAAUUGGCAUUUGUGUAACUAAAUCAGGGCAUGCUGGGCUGAAAUAUGUUAGAUUUAUUUCUUA